CAGUACUGCCAUUAAAUAUGACAUUUUCCUUCAUUUUUGCAAACAUGUGAUUAUUGCACUCUUUUACCCAAAUACGGUUUUUCCUCAUUUAGGGGAAGUUCAGUGUUGUGCAUUUAGAGAAGUUCUGAGAAAAAUGCCCUUCUGUAUUUUCAUGUGGUUAAUACCAUGUGCAAGAGUGUCUUCAUAAAGCCAUAUAAUAGUGCGGUCAGCAGAGAUCAAGCUGCAAAUGGACAGGAGGAAAAUCAUAAAAUUCUUUAUUGACUAAUUUUCACGUUUCAUAUCAAAGGAUGUCUUCAACAGUCUGCCCUGUUGUUAUCUCAUAUCUCUUAGUUCUUCCGUUUAAAGCACAUGGUGAACAUUUCGGAAAUUGUUCCACUGAACACACAAAAGAUCUUUCUGAUAAUAAUCUAACAAGGAUACCAUUACAUUUAUCAAACAACAUAGAGUACUUAGAUGUGUCGCACAACAACAUCUCCAGCAUUGUUUAUGGUGACCUGUCUGGUUUAACCCAUCUCUGCUUUCUGAAAAUCACACACUGUGGACUUCAACACAUCUCCCCUGAUGCCUUCCACAGCAACUCUGAAAUCAAAGUUCUGAACAUCUCCUACAACCUUCUGACCAUCAUUCCAAAUUUGCAUUUGCCCCAGCUAAGGAUCCUAGACCUUUCCAGAAAUCCAUAUCCCAACUAUGGGCUUCCACACUCAUUUGGUAACUUAAAUUAUCUUUCCAUCCUUGCGAUUGGUAGUCCAGAUGCUACUUCUGUUAAAGUGGAAGACUUUGUUCCUCUUCGAAACAUCUCUUUGAAAAAAAUCAUAUUUGGAGAUGGAACGGAAUUGCAAAACUAUGAAAAGGGUGUUUUCUCGCAACUCAAAUCAGUACAGGAAGUCAUCCUCAAAGUGACUUUUUGUCAACGUUUUGACAUUUUCAAAGACAUGAUUAUAGAUUUUGACCAAACCCAAACUAAAAAAAUUCAGCUCAUUAAGUUAUUUCCAGACCAGUGUGACAUAACGACUGACCCAUUUGAUGCUUUUAAAGAUUUGCGUGUCCUCAGUAACUUAAGCAUUGUAGAUACCUGGAUAAACAGCUCUGUGAUGGUCAAACUGGUCAAAAAUGUUUGGAAAUCAUCUUUUGAGGAAAUUGCGUUUUUAAACAUCACAUACAAUGAGGACACUCCUGAUGGCUUCCAGCUACCAAUGCAGAAUCACACCAUGAAUCUACGAGCGAUCAUACUCGAUGGUGUGCGUCACCAUCAGUACCGCUUCACCACUUUUAACAUGAGCAUGGAACUAAUCAACCAACUAACCUACUUGAAAUUCUCUGGUACUGCAAUGAAUAUUCUACCAUGUAAUCUAAUUUCAGUCAUAAAGUCACUACAAGUCUUGGACCUGUCAAACAACCUCUUGGAUGAAAACGGCUUCUGGUGGAGUGGCUGUUCAUCACACAAAGUGUUUCCAGCCUUGAGGAAACUCUCACUAAGCCAUAACCGUUUCAAAGACCUCGCCGAGAUUGCCAAUAAAGUCAAUGAUAUGAAGUUCUUAGAGUCUCUUGACUUGAGUUUCAACUCUAUUUUCAUAGACAAGAUGUGUUUUUGGCCGUCCCACCUGACUGAACUGAGUCUCAGCCACAACGAUCUAGGGAAUGAUGUGUUUCGCUUCUUAUCACCACACUUCCAGAAGAUAGACCUCUCGAAAACAGGCUUAAGUGUCAUUCCUUUAAAUAGUAUAUCAUUGCUUCCCAGACUAACAUACCUCUCUCUGAGCUUUAACAGCAUACAGGUCAUCCCGGAAGAUAUUUGGGCUCCUGGGUUAGUAAGCCUGCACAUUGACCAGAACGCAAUUACUAUUAUUAGCCAGAAAACAAUGGAAGGUCUUCCCAAGCUGAAGACUUUAAAAGCCGGCCACAAUCCAUUUAGCUGUGGUUGCGAUUCCUUUUGGUUCGUGACGGAGUUGAAUAAGUCACUUCUCCUAGAUUGGCCACAGGAUUACGCUUGCAGCACCGCGUCAUCGUUUUCCGGAAGUAGUUUGGGGACGUAUGAGUACGGGUGGCUGUCCUGUCAACUGGGCUUGCAGGCUGCUGUGGUUCUGCCGGUGUUAUUUGUGGUAGGAGCUGCUCUGGGCGUCACUUUUUAUGCUUGUGAUGGUGUUUGGUACACCAAAAUGCUUUGGGUGUGGAUACGAAUGAAGAGGAGAGGCUCCAAGAGGUCUAAUCGAUUGCUCAAUGCCACCUUCCGCUACCAUGCCUUCAUUUCCUACAGCCAACAUGACUCAGUCUGGGUGGACUCUCAGCUGGUUCCUGAAUUAGAAAGGUCAGACCUGUCUCUUUGCGUCCAUGAGAGAGAUUUUGAACCUGGGAAGUGGAUUCUGGACAAUAUAAUCCAGUGUGUGGAGGACAGCUACAAGAGCCUCUUCAUCCUGUCCAAAAACUUUGUGCAAAGCGAAUGGUGCAACUAUGAACUGUUCUUCGCCCAGCACAGGGCCAUCAGCGCGAAUGACGACUCUCUGGUCUUCGUUCUUUUGGAGCCCAUACCAACAGACUCUCUGCCCAAGAAGUAUCUAAAGUUAAGAACGCUGCUAAGGCAGAAAACAUACUUGGAGUGGCCCACAGAUGAACGCAAGCAGCGAGUAUUUUGGUGUAAUCUUAGAGCUAUUCUGCAGACCGUGGACCAGAGGAAGAUUUUAAAGGACGUGGCCACAGACAUUGCUGACAUAUGUCCUCUGCUGCCUGUUAAAGAAUGAAGAACCUUAAUUCCCUGUCUUUUAAUGAACCUAGUAGGGCAGAACAAACUUCUCUAUUAUUCCAUUUAUCAUUUUCAUUUCUUUUUAAACUAUUAAUGUGUCCUCUGUCUAGACUCGGAUAGCCACCCCAGAUAAUGUGUACUACAUGAAAUGUAUUCUUCUAAAAGUCUUGGCCUGUGUCUCCACCUACUGUUGAACUUCAGAAAUGGUACAGACUUGUAUUUUUAAGAACAAUGAUUUGCAAGUACUAAUCCUUUAAAUGUGGACUGAACUAAAUA